UCACAUCUCGGGAUAUCUCGCGGAUUCGGAUCUGUGCCGUGGUUUAGGUUUUGCUUCGUGGAGUCCGCGGUUCUCGGAUAUUCCAUUUUUCACUUUAUCGUGGAAAGUUUCACUAGAGUUUGUUCGUGCGAUGUAAAGUCUCAUCGAGCAUAAUAACAGGAACUGCAUUGAUAUUCUCGCACUGUCAACUCAAUGGCUCGUCGGAGACAGGGGAGUCCCUGCACCAAUGGUAACAUUGACUCUGAUGAUUCUAAGGGAAGUCCAAAGAGUAAUGAAAAUGCAUGCCAGCACUGCGGUAAGAAACCUGUUCUUACGAAGGGUAUAAAUUAUCCUAUGCUUACAAGGGAACGGUUUGCCAGAGAAAAUCUGCUGGGGAGACAGUGUAAACAGUGCAAAGCAGAAGGUAGCUCACCGAAUCCUGAGGCUGGGUUGUACAUGUGCUUGAAAUGUGGACAAUUUGCCUGUGAUGAUAGUGGAAAGAAUCAUGCUCCUCAGCACUAUGCUGCAGCAAGAAGCGAGCCACAUUUUAUUGGGCUGCAUAUGAAUGAUUGGACUUUACGCUGUUUCAGGUGUAAUGAAGAAUUAGACCAACACGCUGAUAAGAAGUUACCUGAGCUUGUCGUUUCUCUCAAGACUAGAAUAUCUAAGCUAUCUGUAAAGCAAGAAAAAGCCUUAGUCAAUUCAAACGGUGCAAAGGACGCAAGUAACAUCUUAGAGGAGGACUCGAGUUCCAACUCACAGAAGAAAAAAUUAAGCAGCUCAGCAUUUUGUAGUACAAAAUCUCGACCAUUUGGCCACAAGAUGCGAGUCAGAGGUCUUUCAAAUCUAGGCAACACGUGUUUUUUCAACUCCGUUCUACAGUGCCUUGCGCAGACUCCGUUUCUGGAGGAGCUUCUGAGAGAGAUCCAGGAGCCAGAUGAGGAGGUCAUCCUGCCCGAAAGAGAGGGAGAAGAGCGGGUUAAACUUGUCCUUGGCAAAUGGGGACCUAUAACUGAGGCUUUGGCGAAUACGUUACACGAAAUAACCACUCCUGGCACUGCAGGCUCUUUUGCCCCUCGCAAACUUCUAGAUUCUUUACGGGUCAAGUGUCCUCAGUUCCAGGGGUUUGAUCAACACGAUUCCCAUGAAUUGCUCAGGCAUCUGUUGGAAUGUGUAAGAGUGGAAGAUCUGAAGAGGUAUCAAAAGCAGAUUUUCGCUCACAAUGGACUAACAUCUAAAGUGAACCCAAACGAGCUAGAUGAAAAGCAGAAGGAAGCAAUUAAGAAAAUGAAUACGCGAAUCACGGACACAGUUACACUGCGCCCAGAGCACCUCUUCAAAGGCACUCUAGUUAGCACCUUAACGUGUAAAUCAUGUAACCAUGUGUCUCAAACAGAGGAAAGGUUCUUGGAUCUCAGCCUCCCUAUCACUGGAGACAAGCCAAUGAAGAAAGCUGUGGAACAUCGCAACAACCGUUUAUCCAGCAAAAACCAACGCUUGAAGCGAAAACAAGUAGCUGCUGCUCAACACUCGAAAUAUUUCUCCCAGUUGUCACCAGAGAAUGGCCAAGGAGACUCGCGCAGCCCUAAAAAGCAAGAGGAAAGUGAUAGUGCUGAAUUAGAAGAUAACGAAGAUAGCAAAAAAGCGGAUGGUGAAAGUGGCUACAGCUCCGAGAAGCCUGGCUCAACCCGUGUCAGCCCAAUUCCAACACCUAACACCCCAGAGAACAUGUGCAGUGUCACAGACAAUAGUUUAAAUUCGGAAUAUUCGCCUGACAGCUCAGUAAAUCCGUUUGAAAAUGGUGUGAGCCUAUCAGUCCAAAUUAGUCCGAUACCUUUGGAAUCUACCGCAGGAUGCGGGAGCCCUGACUCAAUAUGCGCCAAUGCGAGUCCCGGCUCUCCAAGCGGCUUUGAUGACCUCCACACUACCGGAGUUGACGCCAACUCGGUCAAGUCGAAGCUAUCGAACCUUGAUUUCAGUGCGGCUUAUACCAACAGCUACAUGUCGGAGCCAUCUAAUGAAUUUUACAAAAACCACGACCAGCUAGACUCAAUUAGUGAAUUCCGUGAGAAUUACGAUCAACCGCCCAUUGAUUCAUUUGACUUGCCCGGGAACAGUGAGUAUGAUAACAAUAAUGACCAUGAUAGGACUUUGACCUCGCGAGUGGGAGGUUCGCCUUUGCCGGAGGAUAAUGGGCUUCGGGAGGACUCCAAUGAAAAUAGCAAUGACGCUCCUUUGAACAACAGCAAUGUCGAAUCACCGGUCAGUAAUCCUCCCGAGUCUGAAGAAGAGGAGGAAGAAGACAGCAUUGUGGGACCCUCUAACUUCAUGACAUAUUCACGCUUCCAGUACAAUGACACAGAGCUUUCAGUAACAUCUUGUUUGAAUCAGUUCACUGCGCUGGAAACAUUGAGCGGAGGCAACAAGGUCAGCUGCGAAAAUUGCGCCAAAGUACAAAAUAAAGGAAAAACAGAGAAGGCCAUCUACUCUAAUGCCAGCAAACAAUUCCUGAUCCGAAGUCCGCCAGCAGUGUUGAUCCUUCACUUAAAACGUUUCCAAGUGAUGUACACGUCGUUCCAGAAAAUCCAUCGAUUUGUCUCAUUCCCGCUGAUCCUGGACAUUGAUCCAUACUGCUCCGAGAAGUGUCGUAAGGAGUGGCGAGCCCCUGGCAAGAAAGAAAUCUCUUAUUCUCUGUACGGAGUCGUCGUCCACUCAGGUUGUCUUGGUGGUGGCCACUAUAUCGCCUACGUUAAGGCAAGGUCUCCGCCAACCCCAGAUGACGAACGGCUAAAGUUUUUCCAGAGUCUAAAAAAUCCAUUAAAGAAGGAGGACAAGGCUCAAGAAAACAAUGAAGCUGACACUGAAAAGGAACAGAAUGGAAGCCGAGACAGCGCGAGUCCAGAACUGGAUCAAGAACCGCAGUGGUACUAUAUCAGUGACUCGCACGUAACUCAGGUGUCUGAGAGUGAUGUUCUCAAAUGUGAAGCUUAUCUAUUAUUCUAUGAACGCAUCGUUUAAUCGGCCGGUGUCCGACUGCGCCUUUGUAAAUCAUUCAUUGAAACGGAGGUUCACUUUACUCCCCUAACGCGUGCUCUUGUACAGUUUUAUAUUUUGAUUCUCGCGUUUAGUUAAUAAUUCGUUCAUGGGUUGAAACUGCUAUUAUUUAUAAUCUCGUUUAGGGUUAGAUCUCUUGUUUUGUAUUUAUGAUUGCUUUUCGAUCGUGUCUUGUUUACAGACGUGCGGUGAACUGAGUUGGCUGUUAGUGACCUUGUGAUGGUCGCUAACUCUUUGAUUUCUCUUACAUCUACCAGUCAAAUUUGUAAACAUAUCUAAACAUCCAAUGUAUCUGGAAUUAAAUAGAAAAUCGUAAUUUUUACAUUUUCCCAUCACAGAAUCUUUGCAGGGCAAAGUACCAUCAUCAGUAAUUUUAAUUAGCUGUAUCCAAUUCAAUUAACAUGUUGAAUAACAGAUCGCGUGAAACUACAGCAUUGGCUCAAUGUCAGAAAUAUUUAUUCAUACACCUGUUAUCAAAGUCUAGUUUUUCACGAAUAUAGCUUUAAGUUGGAAGUUCAGUGUAUCUUUAGCAGGUUUUUUUGUUUAAUUUCCUUUUUCAUACUCAAAUAGUUUCAAGACUGUAAGUACGAAGCCUUCUACCUAAAAGUACAUUGUGGGUCUAUCAUUUUUAUAUUCAAGGCUUCUUUUAUCGUAAAUCACUACAUUUUAGUCGCUAAAGAUGAAUUUAUAGCUUUAAAAGCACAUAAGUUUAGUCGUGAAUCGUUUUAAACCGUAUUUUUAUCAGUUCUAGCAGAAUGGAACCAUUCAUUUAAGCUUUUGCACAAUUUUGUAUUCAUUUCGUUUGUUUCUUCAUCUUCAUGGGAAGGAACUGAGCUUUUGAAAGUUAUUCUUACAAAUCUACAGGGACAGAUGACAAUUACAGGAAGUUUUAUGUUACAUCUUUGUUCAAAUUUUGCGAUUAAAAGGAAUUCAACAAACACUGUUGUUGAGCUACUUCACCGUUGCAUUGGAUUUAUUUUAGUUAGGCUUCAAAGAUCAACUACUAUUUUCGGCUUUGUCUUUAUUUUUUUUUGUUCAUCCUACAAAUCAAUACUGAGCUUAGUGAAAUGACCUCCGAUGUUCGUCUCUCUGUUAGCCGCCAACUCAGUUCAGCAACCGUACCUGUUUUCGUUCAGUAGUCACAUUAUUUCCGUUAUUUUGGCAUUUUGAUUCAAUUGAUGAUUUGAGCACUCGGAUUAGUUAGUGCCUCUUUGGCUCAUGACUGAUAGCUCCUAGAGUUUUUUAAGUUUUCGAGACUGAAAGAGCAGUGCCUCCCACUACAGAUGCCCCGUAGAUGCAGGGAUGCAGCUAGCUCUGUUUAUGAAAGUUCCAUUAUUUCCCCUUUUUUUUCGAUGAGCUAGUAAUUACUUUUGUGCAUUAAUUAGUCGUAAAGUGAAUUGAUUUCUGUUUCAUAAACUCGAGCCAAUUAUUGGUUCUCAAAAAAUCUCAUCUACUUCUAGAUAAAUUCCUUCCCAAAGGAGCUUCUACGAUGGCUAAUCUCAGAAGAUGCGUUUUUCAGUUUGUAACAUUACAAAUUUCUGCUCCUGCUCCAUUAUUUAAACAGAAGAGUGCUCAUUGUUUUUUCUUCAUUAAAAGUCCCCGUUUUUUCCUCGGUGAAGAAAGAAUACUGCUGAAGUUGCUCAGGCAAAAUUAGCUUGAUUCUCUUAAGACACUAUGGAUUAGAAAUUUUGAGUGAAAUCCGUUUUUAUGGUUUAGCCAUCGAUUUCCAUCAGUUCUUACUUUUUUAUUCAUCAUAAUAUAUCUGGUCCUCUCAGAAACCAUAUCCUAAAAUGUUAAGUUGUUCUUUUAUAAGAUGGUCCAAAAGUCCUACAUUUGACAUCAGCAUUGUAACUUCUGAACACAUUGAGAUCAAGACUUGAAAGUUUGUGAGAACUCCUUAAACAAAGGAAACGAAUUAUAGAAUCUCCCAGAACUUCAAGAGGAUCACCUUGAAAAGGGACAAGAACUUUACAGGUCUUUGGGGUGGGGCAGGACUUAUGAAUCACCCUGUAAGCUUCUCAUGUUCAAGAGGUCCAAGCAGCAUGCAUCUAAAUCAAAUCAGUCUUUUCUCAUCCCAAAUCACAAAUGUAAAACUGCAACGUCUACCAUUCCUGAGGUUACGGAAACAAUAGGCGGAAGAUAAUUUCAGUCUCAUGAAAUUAAUAUUGAAAGAUCAACACCAUCAACAUUUUUUGUCUUUAUCUACGCAUUACAGAAGAACCACGGUGACACUGUAGGAAUGUGUACCUCGGUUCGCAGCGUUGCAGACUUCCUGCCUUACUUUAUUUCCUGCACAUGAAAAACCUCUCAACGUCAUUUCUUUGAAAUUUUCGUGAUUUUACUUCGUUAUGUGAAGAAUAUCUUGUGAAAAUUUCAAGUCAUGAUGUAGGUUCGGUUUUCUUUUGAAAAACAAAAUAGGAAUGGAGAUUUUGAAACACCGCAACCAAGGUACGCAUUUUUUCAGUUUUGCCAUCAAUAUGUGUGCUCGAAUAAAGGAUGGAAGAAUAUAAGUACAAUACCCAACAGCUGCCAGUUUUUGUAAACAUUAACACCAGAGAACAUUUUAUUUUUUGUUUUUAGUCAACUUUUGAGACCUUUCAAUCUUGCCUCUUAUUUCUCAUUUUCAUCAACUCAGGUGCUGGCUAGCACCUCUUCAGGUGACAUCGUCGUGAACUAAACGUUUGAAGAGGAACAGCCCAAAAAUUGACAGCUAUUACUGUAGGUAUGUCGUCAUCUGGUCAUCAAAUGGUAGCAUUAAAAAUAAUCAAAGUGACAUGAAAAACCUGUUUAAAAGUUCUUACUACAAUUCAGUAAUUUGACCAACAUAAAUGUUCAUUAUGCCCUCCUGUGAUUUCUUCUAUUUGUCUCGAUUCCUAUCAAUUUAGUCACCAAUGUCUUGUGAUAGUUGACUAAGUGAUCGACUUAAUUACUAAGAUCUGAGAGAAAUUCAAUCAAAUUCAGGCAGGUGUACUGUAGCCAAAUGUCAGUGUCACUUAUUUUUAAUCACUGAAUUCAGAUGACCAUAUAAUUGUUGUAACGCAUCGUACGCAUUGACAUACCCAGCAGAAGUCAUGCAAAAAUUUUGCUUGAGUAUAGAGUUCAAAACGAUUAAAUUAUAGGCAUGAAGUCAAUCUGAGAAGACUCAUGCUAUUCCUCCUUCUCAGCAUUUGAGCUUGUAACGGAUUUAUGUGAUUAAAUCCAGCGAAUCAUCGUUCCCCCUCUCUUCAAUUACACCUAAAUUAGACAAACCCCCUGUAUCAACAAAUGCCGCUCAUUAAAUUUUUUACUAAUGUCUUGUUUGUAAUCAUUUUUGAAAAAAAUAAACAUCAUAUCUCAUGUAA